AUGAAAGCAAUAGGAUUAAAAUCCUUCCAGAUUGGAGUGGCCAUAUUAGUGUUUAUCGUCUUCCACCAUCUAAGUCACAGUGCACGACUUUAUGACGGGUAAGAGUACGAAUUAUGAAAUCCAAGUUAACGACUUAAAAACGUUACAACUUCUCACUAAUUCUUUAUGUCUUCUUUCCCUUAACGAAUUAAAUCGCGACUUAUUUUGUCACAUAAGAAGGAACCUUUUUUUCUUCAAUAGGACCCACAUUCAACGGACGCCCUAUAUUUAGCAGAGGCUACCGUCAUUUACCCUUCUAAAGGUUUCUGUAUUAACUGACAAACCAGCUGUAGUUAGCAGGCACCACUAUUUUAUAAAGGUUUCACCGUAGCUACUAGUUUACGUUUCCUUCACAAAGUUUGGAAUAUGUAUCGAAAGCUGCUUUCUCUCUGUUGCUUCUUCAGCGGUGUUCUUCGACAAGACACUGAGUCCUGAACAAGUCAAAAAAUAAUGGGGUGUUCACCCGGCAGUACGUUUUUUACUGCUCAAUUUUUUAAAAUUGAUUCUCAUAAUUUAUUUCAAGGAUACGUUCCCUCUUCGUCUUGGAGUUAGGCGAGAAAACGGCAUAUACGCAACGCGAAAGCAAACGGAAAAGUCCCGCAAGAGAACGAGUAUAAUACAAGAUUCUCUGAAAAACCUAAAAAUACAUGCUUAUUUCUGCGAGCUUCAUUUGCGCAAAUGUGUUUUAAUUUAUAAUUCAACAGAUGACUUUACGUUUUGCGACUAUUUUAAGACACAAGGUUCUGCGAGUGAUACCACAGAAUGAGGACCAAGUAAGAUCCUUGAGGGAACUACUACAAAGACGAAAUGAUGUAAGUGCAAAAAAUAGAUCGAAUUCAAGGCGGCGUUUGGGCUACUCUCAGGUCUGACGGUACAAAUGUAGCUCAUUCAGUGAGAAAGGGGCAGUUAGAAGAAUAGGCUAAUUUAGCAACAGGACGGGAACGUCAGUUGACGACGGGAAAGCGCGCGGAAAGAACUAAACACGCCUUCCAGUGCCCAAUUUGCCGCUCUGACAUUGGUCAAGCCAGUUGUUUGAUUUGCGCGCGCCGUCGUCAACUGACGUUCCCGUUCUGUUGCUAAAUCAGCCUAAUAACCAACAAAACGCGACGACGGUAACGUCUGCGUGGGAGGAUAUCAGAAAACCUAAUUGCUGAUGAAUGGCUCUUAUCAGUUCUAAGGUCUGGGCAAAUAAGGCUGUACCCUUUUCCUAUUAACAUUGCUCAGCUUGUUCUACUCAUCUGAAUAGUCGCUGGAAGGUGCAGCAGUUAACUGUUUGAAAUCCCUUCAACCUAAAAAAAGGGCACCCUUUAACGCUUACAAAAAAGGCAACAAAUAAACAAAGCAAGAUUUUCCCUCAUGGACUCAACUCCUCCUUGGGGUUCAGCUAAGCGCUUUCACCACCGUAGUGACUAGUCCAAGCAUGAUGAAGUUACGGGUGCUUUUUGGGAAGGCUCGUUGGUACUUACUUUGUGGACCAAUUGCGGACCUACCCAGGAGUAAACAAGUACGCACGCUUGAAAGACUAGAUAGAUGGCAUGGAUUUUUAAUUUUGAACUUUCCGGAUCAUGCAAGAAAUUUUUUAUGACUCUAUACCCUCUUGAAUAUUCCGAUCCUUUUGUAGGUAGAUGUAUGGAAGGACUCAUUGAUUCCCGGGGAGGAAGUUCACAUUGAUUUGGGUCCCGAUGCUAUUAAAGAUUUCAAGGCAUAUCUGACAGAAAGAAGUCUUGAGUUUGACACAAUGAUUGAAGACACGCAAGCACUGAUUGACAACGAGGAAGUAUGCUGUUCAGAAGUAGAUGAAGAUAUUUUUGACAAAUGUUAUCAUACAUUGGAUGAGGUAAGAGCAGAAUUAUAAUUCACAGGUAAACCUUCUUAAUAAGAACAGGGACAGGGCAAUCUCUUCAUCAGAGAUGUCCUAUUCAGAGAGGUGCAGAUUGUAGAACGUUUUGUAUUUUUGCUGGCAAAGAACUGCCCAGGAUUGUUGGAAGGGGAUUCUGCAUCAGGUCUAUGGGACCAAGACACCUGUACCUAUAACAGAGAUCAGUCCGUAUCAUGAGGUCUUUUUUUGCGGAUCCCUUUUGGUUUGUUUUACAACCCACACUUAUAAUCAAUGAUUCCCGGAUAAUUAAUUAACAAGAAUGCCCUGCUCAAAAUGUUUAUUUUUAUGAUUACACAGUGGAGUUCAAACACACAAUUGUAAUCUCCUCUAACAAAUAAAAAAGAGCUGAACGAACAAAAUACUGAUUUUUUGGUAUUGAGUAUUCACCCAGUUAAAUUUUGUCUAUGGUGUAAAAAGUUGAAUUAAAUGAAACGUCACGAGAAUUCACUUACUAAAUAAAAUGUUUCCCUCGUUGCCAGAUUUAUAACGAACUUUUUCGUCUCGCUGAAGAAUACUCUCAUUUGGCGAAGCUGAUAAACCUGGGCAAGUCGUACGAGCAACGAAACAUGUUAGGGAUAGAGGUGAGAUGUUCUGAAGAAGGAAUCCACCAGGAAAUUGAGUAAUGUUAAUUCUCAGUGGACAGAAACCUUGUACCAGAAUAAUUUAAGGAAUAUUGCAUUCUUUUUUAUAUUUUGUAAGGCCUAAAGAUGUAAUCAGUCAUCUGUAAUAACACCAAAGAAAAUUUCUCAUGGGAAUCCUAGAAAAUGAAUGUCAAAUUUCACAAGAAUUGUAAAUCUCUGUGAAUUUAAUGUAAUUUUGUUAAAUUUGACAUUCAUUUUCUUGGGCUCCCAUGAGAAAUUUUCUUUGGUGUUAUUACAGAUGAUUUAUUACAUCAUAUAUCUUUAGCUCUUGAAAAAUAUAAAAAAAGGAUGCAAUAUGUUUUAAAUUAUUCUUCUACGAGAUUUUUGUCCACCGAAAAUUGCAGUUACUCAAUUUCAUGGUGGUUUCUGUCUUAAUACCUUUAACUAGUUAAAUUUAUACCCUGUUUAAGACGCAAGACCCUGAAAACCAUACCCUGUUCAGGGACACAUACCGUUUGGGCCAGAUAACGAAAUGCCCCCGCCCCCCACUCUGUCCUCCCCUCUGGGUGGACUGACUGGCAUCCCGUUCAGGAUAAGUUGAUUACAGUUAACACUCCUAGACUCAGACAAAUCGGUCUUAACGGUUUGCAAGUUUUGAAUUUAUCUUCUUUUCUCAGAUUAAGCAAAAGAAACAUUUAUCCCAUGAGCGAGGAUUAGUCUUUAUAAUUUGUGGAAUUCACGCCAGGGAAUGGAUUAGUCCGGCGACAUGCAUGUACAUAUUACGUCAAGUAAGUAGGUCACGAAACUCCUCGUCGACAACAAGCUUUAUUUUUGUUUAGAGCGAGUUUAUCAUUUAUCAGUGAGUACAAGAUCGCUAUCAUAGAUAGGCGGAAGGGCUGUUCUAUUAUGUAUUGGUAAAUGACAUCACAAGCCAAAUUUUUUAAGAUCGGUGGUGACAAAACUGCUAACUUGUUAAAAAUGAUAGAGAUAGCUUUGCUUUGAGCCAUGGCCUUUCCCACGACUGCAUUUGCUUAGAGCAGAGAUUCCAUCCGCCUGUUCAUCCAUUCAUUCAUUCAUUAUUUGAGUAUGCUUGAUCACACCUUACAUUGGUCGCAUAAGCUCUAUUAACGUAAUCAUACUCCCAUAGUAGAGGAAAAGAAGCUUUCAGUUACAAACAGUAGUUACGUUUUUGCGUUAUUCCUUUGAAUAUUAGCUUCUGGAAUCCAAAGACGGCAAUGAUGAGGGAGUUGCAAACAUGCUGAACACAUUUGACUGGUUUUUCCUACCUGUUGUUAACGUGGAUGGCUAUAAUCAUACGCAAGAGGUAAGUAAUACAUGCAGAGGAGAAUAUCAUUAGUGAUCCGACCGAAAACUUGUUAGGGAGGGAAAAUUUACAUUCCCCCUUGCGUUCGCUUCAUAUUAUUUUUCUUGUCGAGAAAUAAGAAAGUGUCUUGACAGUCAAGUCAGUUUGUAGAGCCUUUUGUUGAGAGGAAUUUUGUUUUAUGUUCGCGGCAACUUAAUUUUAGGUUAACGUGAGACGUGUUUACGUCAGUGUUUUUCAAGACAUUGACCUGAAUUGUUUUUUUUUUUUUCAUUCCCAACAGGUUGAUCGACUUUGGAGAAAAAAUCGCAGACCAGUUCUGUCUCUAGGCUCUGUUAAUAUAAUUGGUGUGGACUUGAACAGAAACUUUCCGAAUGAAAACUGGGGUGCGUAUUCAUUUCAGAUCUGAUUCUAUUAAUCAAAAUACUGAAUUCACUACGAAAAAUUGUCCUGAGAAACCAGCCGAAAAUCCGCAAAGCCACCACUGUUUUCACCGCAAAAUGACGUUUGACGAACGCGCGCAGUAAUUCCAUACUGGUGACAUUUCACCAACCAGAUCUAGGCAGUGCUUUUUAUUGGUUGAAGCAAAUUUCCGGCGCGGCACGAGCUGGCCACAGCCUCUCGGUAAAGGCCAUUAUAGGGAAUACUUUUCCCCGGGCGACACUGCUGUUUCUAGUUUGGUUUUGUCUCAGUGUUAUUUCAGGAUUUUUUUGUUGUUAAGGUACAAAAUCUAGUAUUCAAAUCAUGAUUGGUUUAUUUCUAGGGUUGAAUGACUGCAUCUAUAAACCGAACUGUGAAACAUAUCCUGGGGGAGAACCACUGAGUGAGAUUGAGACUCAAAACGUGGCUACUUAUCUUGCAAGAUGUGCUCAACAAUUAGUUUCUUUCUUUGAUAUCCACUCUUAUGCACAACUGUGGUUGUCCCCUUGGGGAAGAAAUCAAAGUACACCACGUGGAUAUAGUCAAAUGGUGAGUAUGUCUCGCUAAGCAACGAAUGCACUCCUACUUUAAAACUGAAGCGCCAUAAAUCUGCUCGAUGUUGCCAACAUCAGUUUGUCGGAGAAAAAACAAACAAGAAGUAGUUUGUCGGCAAAAUUUCAACUGAUGAUGUUCCCACGUUUCAGAAGUCAACACGAAAAUAUAAUUGUUUUUUUUUUAGUAUUUAUAUAUUUAUUUUACAGCAACACUUUAUUUCAUAUUUACAAACAAAGGAAAAAUAACAAAAAUUGUAGAAAACUAGAAAAAAAGUGACAAAAUUACAAUUUACAAAAGUUAUUGAAAAUUACAAUUUAAUUUAUCUUUACCCUUAUAAAUGAAAAAUCAGUAACUCUUUUCUUUAUUUUAUUUUUUUAACAUAACAUAAAUUGUUGCAAUUGCUGAUUGAAUAAUCAUUCUGAUCUGAUUCUGAUCAUGAUUUUCCUAAUGUGUUUUCAUUUGUUUUGACUCCAUACAGAGACGUGUGAUGGAAGUUGGCACAGAGGCAAUAAGACACACAUCUGGAAGAGUGUUUAAGUUCGGACCAAUUUUUUCAACUUUAUGUAAGUAAAAGCUAAAAGACAUUCAAUGUCAGUCUGAAAUGUCACACGUCUCCAUCCCCUAAACCGUCGGGGGGGGGGGGGGGGGGAGGAGCCCGGGGACCUUAAAAACCCCAAACGGGGGCCCCCAGAAAAACGCCCGGGAAAAAAAAACUUCACAUUUUUUCUCUUUUUUUGAUAAAUUUUCAAGGGGCCAAACCCUUUUAAAAAGGGGUUGUGGGGUGGNUUCUAAGGGGCCAAGCUACUUAAAAGAAGGGAUUUGGGGUUGGAGCUGAAGAGAAGGGCCGCGCCUGAGUUCAGGCAGAGAUGGUACAAUUAAUCGCCUUGCCGUUCCCGUUCCCAAGUAAACUUAAAAUUUGGUCAUUUUACGUCGUAGUUAUAUAGGGACUGCAAAGAAAUGUACAAAAAAGCGUGAUGCACGUGCAGAGUUGUUGUUUUGCGCAUUAAACCUAUUGCUUUUAUGACGUUCCCGUUUCCGUCGCCGUCGUACUUUCGUAAGGUCCCUACUCUCUCCGGCCCGCACCCCUCUCUUGUUAGGGAGUGAAGAAGUAUGACAUUUCAGACUAAUUCAAUGCGCGCUUGUUUGUUUGUACGUAAAUAUCCAUACAGCCAAUUGUUACUUCUGUCAUCUUUAUGCAUUUUUAAACAAGCAGAAAAGUCAUCAUCACUUGCAUCAUCGGGCAAGUGUGUGCUACUCCAGCAGUGAUGAAGGAAGGUUCUUUUUCGCCCUCUUACUCUCAAAACGAAAAAAAAAAAAGAAAUCCUGCUCGCAGGCCACAUCUUCAAGUGAGACUUUUUUGGGAUAACUUUUUAUUACCAUUAUUAUAAUUACGAACGGAACUAGGGUUCACUUACUCCUUCAUUUGAUAUACAGAUUUUACUAAGGUCAAAAACAAAGCUCCCUUUAAUAAAUUUAUACACCGUAUUCACAAAUGGCGGACACGCGGGAAAAAACUGGUGCCUAGUCAUGAAAGCGAGGCGUUGGAGGAUAAACAAAAAUUGCAAAUUAAGACUUUCAGAGAACUUGCAGAGUGUUUAGCACGGAUUCCACCUAAAAUAACUUUGUACGGACUUCGUUUUAAAUACAAUUACGUGGGAUGCUUUCUGCUUUUAAUAUUUAGUAGUGAUUUGCUGUUUGCAAUCAAAAAGGACGCGUAUAUCAUGAUACUGGUCAGCGGAUACCCUGCUUUGACAGCUGUCAAUUGACCACAACAUAGAUGUUCAUUAUUAGGUUGCAGGCUAUCACACUAGCUAGAAAAUGUGAGAUUUCACAUUGGUUGCCUGUGGGACUACGUACGUACGGUCACGUAACUAUCAAGUUUCUCGGAUGAAUAGAUAACCAAAUUUUUUUUGCUUUGGGGCUCCGAUAUCAAAGUAAAGUGUGAUCUUUCGUUUUUCAGACCCUGUAUAUGGUGGUACAAUUGAUUAUGUGUAUGACACUCUGGGUGUCACUCACUCGUAUACUAUAGAACUAAGGCCCCCUGCUGAUGGGUUUUCGGGAAAAGGAUUCAUUCUGCCGGCUUGUCAGAUCAUUGAGAGUGGAAGAGAAAUUAUGGCUGCUUUCAAGGCUAUCAUCACUCCGCUCAUGGCAGAAACUGUGAGAAAGGUCAAACGAAGAAGAAAACUUACGUCACAAUAGAGCAUUAUCAUGAGUCACAUCACGACAUUUUAAGGCCUCAAAAUAAAACAAAUAAAUGACUUUUAAGUUAUUUAAAGUAAUAUUAAAUUUUCAAAGAAUUCAUGAGUAUAAUUUUAAACAUUAAGAUAACUGGCAUCCACUAGUGAUAAAAAUGUUAAAACAGUUUUUAAAAGCCUUUUGAAACACUGAUAAAGUUAGUGUAGUAGGCUUUUUACUGAAAAAUAACAAAACACAAGAUAUUUCUAUGUAGCAAAGGAUUCGAAGGAUAUUAACCUCUGAGGGAGCCUAUCAGCUGCCCGUUCGGAAAGCAGCAUAUCAUUGAAGUUGAGACUAAUGGCUAAAGAUAAAAAUAGUGGAGCCUCUCGAACUUCACCACUUUGGUGAAUAAUUGUUAAAUAAACUUCACAAUUUUGAGACUAAUAACUUAUAUUAUUUUGAGCUUUUAGCUUAUGGUAUUCUCCAAUCCAUGUAACAUGAAUUUUUUUUUACUUAUAUCAUGAGAAUUUAAUUGCUGGUCAACCAUGGUAUCGCAUACUGGCGUGAUUUAAUUUUGAACUUGUUAAUGGGCAGUACCAAUUUUCUAGAUGCGUAAUUCAACUGAAUAAUUACAACAAAUUAUUCAGGGAAUUCAUUCAGUACUUCUAGUCUCAGUUGCCAAAGUAGCGGCCGGCAAGGACUUAUCUGGAAAAAAAACCUAUACAUUUUUGCUUGCCAUGAAAUCAGAAGGAUUAAGCGUAUUCCAGUUUAGAUUGGCCAUAUUAGCGACCAUCGCUAUCAUCUCCCUCUGUCAAAGUCACAGUAAACGGCUGUAUCAUGGGUAAGAGAAGUGAUGAAGUAUUGAAGACCAUGCAUUUAGCGCCAACUUAGUUCCAAGAUCUUUUUCCUCCUUAACGAUUUAUAUCGACGUAUUUUUUCACAUACAGUGAAGCCUGUUUUAAGCGGAUCCAUUAUAAACCUAGAGACGUUCUGUAUUUUACAGGCGAGAGCCGGCAGAGAGUGAGUCGUUCACUGAGUGUUUUCGAACAUGAACUUGUAUUUAACGGAAACUCUAUUGAACAGACAAGGGUGGCUAUCCGCUUAAUACAAAUUUAAAGGGAGUUAUAUUCUCUGCAGGUUACGAAUAUAUGUUGUUGCUAUCUCUCCCUCAUCCAGGUCCUUUUAAUGAUGAUCUUCAACAAAGCAGUCAUGCUGAACCCAACCAAUAAAAGGGAGUUUACCAAUACUCCAAUAAUGAUACUUGUUUUGCUGCUAAGAAGUUGUUUGUAUCAUUACAGGGAAUUAUGAUUGGAGUCGAAGUCACACCUGUGUUAGAGGAGAUCCUAAUAUUGUACAGUCCCACAAAAGCAAAAAUUCCUACAAAAAUAAUUUUUCCCCUUUUCAUGCUCUUUUUUUCCCACAGGUUCCACAUUAUGUCAUUAAAAUGCAACGUCUAUUUAAUCGAAAAUCUGCCCUUAAAACGAUAGCGAACGCCCUAAAUCAGUCCCUUACUUACAUUGGUAUUAGAGUGAAAAGCAUCCUUGAAAUACAUUCAGGAUUAGCAAUCUAACAUUUGAAGGUAUAUUGAGCGGAGUUACAAAAAGCAAAUGAGAUGGGAAUCAUUUCCUCUAAAAAUUAAGCUUUAGUUUUUAGACUUAAAAAAGAGCAAGAAGAAGUGUUAUCUUUGAUUUCAGACAGUUCGUAAAGAAUCUUAGUAUAUCCUCUUUUGAAGAAAAUUUUUCUUGAUCUCUUUCAUAAAAAAAAAAAUUUUCUUCUUUCAUACCCCUGGGUUGCUAAGGGCAUUGGUAUAUUUUCUGCUCGCUUCUAUCGGCUUAUCAUACAUCCGACGACAAGUUGUGAUGUCUACUGCAUCUCUGAAUGACAAAUUAUUCGUUUCUUAGAUAUUUCAAAAGUAUUGAGGAAACGUUAAACUCGACUCUGGUUUCUGGAUCAUACUCUACGUGGGUAUAAAAAAAAUUAGAAAAAAACGAGCCCCAUCUCGCUGAUGCAACUUCGAUCAAUAUUACUUCAAAAUGUCACAAUGUUGAUUUUCGUAGUAAUUAAUUUUAAUGCUACUUUUCCAAGUUUUUUUUUUUUUUGGGGCGGGGGGGAGGUUGGUCGGGAAAAGCGCCUAUGAACAACACCAAGGCGAACGGACAGGUCCCUCACUGGAACGAGGAUAAUACAAAGAUUCUUAAAUAAACCCUAAAUAUCUCAAGAUAUUCAGUGAUGCAAAGCGUUUUUUUGCCUUAUCGUUUUGUAACUACGAUACAUGUCUUUUAAGACACAAGGUUUUACGAGUGCAACCACAGAAUGAGGACCAAGUAAGAUCUAUGAGAGAACUACUACAAAGCCGAAAAGAUGUAAGUGCAAAACGUAGGGCGUUUUUUUGUGUUUUGGCUCAAACAGUGGGAAGAGCGCAAAGCGCCCUGCUUGAAAAAGACUGAUAAAAUUAAAAAAGAUUCUGCUGAAUUAGUAUUAAAAUAAUGUGAUCUCCUUAUCAACAAACCUAGUUUGUUAAUUGCUCUUAACGAUGGAGGCUGUCGUCUAUGCAGAGGUUAUCUACUUUUCUAGUUUAAAUCGCUUAGUCUCUUCUACUCACCUAAAUAGUCGCUGAAAGGUGGGCCACCCAAAAUCUCUACAGCUUUAAAUUGGUGUUUACCCUUCUUCACAUUGAAAGAAUUAAGCAAAAAAACAAAGCGGGAUUUUCCCCUCACCGUUUCUGGUUAUCCUUAAAUAUCGGAGCUUUCAUCACCGAUAUGAUUUGUCAAACUAUAUGCUGAAGUCACUUGUUCUUCAGUGCAAGUGGACUAUAAUGUAACAUACUGUGUGGACACAUUGCGGACCUAUCUGUUAGUACGCACGGUAGAUAGAUUUUGCAAGUGACAUAUACCCUCCUGAAUAUUUUGAUCAUAUGUAGGUAGAUGUAUGGAAAGAAUCUUUGAUCCCGGGGGAGGAGUUUCAUAUUCAUUUGAGUCCUGAUGCUAUUGAAGGUUUCAAGGCAGAUCUAACAAAAACAAGUCUUGCGUUUGAGAUAAUGAUUGACGACAUACAAGCGCUGAUAGACAAGGAGAGCUUGUGCUGUGCAGAAAGGGAUGAAGAUAAUUUUGACAACUGUUAUCAUACAGUGGGUGAGGUACUGAUCCAGUCAAACCUCCUUUAAUUAACUCUGUAAGCCCCAGUAUCAAAAUACAUUGAUAAAAUAUCAUAAAAACUAAUCCUAAGCUAGUGAUCAUGUUCUUAAUUCUCUUAACCACCCUAACUGAUUAAGCAAUGAGCGUACUUUGGUAAUAAUGACUGCUGGAGCUGAAAGGGUUGAUACGAAAGCAAAGGGACGGAGCGACGUGUCUUCUGCACACAGAGUUGUUCGUAUUGAUUGUAUGUAUAUGUAUGUAUCUUGGUGACCAAAAGACUGCCCGGGAUUUUAAGGAAGCUUUGUAUCUCAGUAUGGGACCAAGACAGCUGUACCUAACAGGGAUGUUUGGAUCUGUUUUUGGUUAAAUUGUUUUACAAUCCUACCUCUAAUCAAAAACUUAGUAUCAAAAAUGCUCCGAUUAGAAUCUUUCUAUCUUAUCGCCACACCUUAAACUUAAAAAAAACUCAAUCAUAAGCUCCUCUAACACAGCAAAAAAACUGAGCAACGCCACAGUGCUCAGUGCUUUGUCAUGCAUGAGUGUUCAGCUCAUAAAAUUCAGUCCAUGCUCUAAAAAAAUAAACUCAAACAGAUUUCAUGAGAAUUCACUCGACCCAAUUUUUUUCCUUUCAAUUACAGAUCCAUGAUGAACUGUUUCGUUUGAGGAAAAACUACCCAGACUUGGUGAAGUUAAUAAACCUUGGCAAGUCUUAUGAGAAACGAAAUAUGUUAGGGAUACAGGUGAGUUCAGUGUGACCUUGGCUGUACUUAUAUUGAGCGGAAAGGCUAGUGGAAUCCAGAAAAUAACUCAAACAAUUAAUUCAAUCUUGAGCAACAAUUGCCCACUUAAGAAACUCAAGGGAGAAUGGUUACAAUCUUUGAGUACAGCGAUUUCUGGCUAAUAAGCAUUAGUUAUGAUUGGUCGAUGAUAUUCAAGACAACUAUUAACCAAUCACAAGUGACGCUUGUCCACUCAAACAAUCCCAGAAGUCGUCGCACCUACACCGUGUACCCCUUCCCCUUGUAGGCAAGCCAUUAGCUAUUCACAAGCAUCGGAUCCCGGGGUUGUACUUAAUGGUGGUCAGAGCAUGAAGGAACAAGGGGCCGCUAAGGUAAUGAUAGCUACAUGUAGCAGAAAAUGGACCACCAACCAGUUUAGUAUUUGCCACUUAAUAAACGAGACGUAAAUUGGGCCAAGUCAACCUGGCAAAGACUUAUGGGACUGUUAGGCACGGGGGGGGGGGGGGGGGGGGGUGGGGGCAAAGUUUUGCCGGGCCCCCCCAAAAAAAAAAGCGGGGGAAUUUUUGUUUUUCCCGCCCCCCUUCCUUUUUUAAAGGGGAAAAAAAAAUUCUUUUAUAUUACUCAAAAAAAACGGGAACGCAGCAAUAAAAACACCCCGCUUUGUUUAAGGAGGGGGGGAGAAGAAAAGCAAAAAACAGAAGAAAAAAGGAAUGAAAACCAUAGAGUUUAGAAUUAUAAAAGAAAGAAAGGGGAGAGAAGGGGGGGCAGGGCGGGAGGGGAGGGGGUGGGGGGGGGGGGGGGGGGGGGGGGGGGGGGGGGGGGAUUGGCCGAAUAGCUGUCCGGCGCGUCACCAGUAACAAUGCCAGGAGCAUUUGCAGUGUUCCAGUCCCCUUCUCGUUUGUAAAGUGGCAAAUAAACUGUUCAUAGUUAACUCAGAAAUAGAGGUCACCGGAACUCAAACAACUCGGCCUUGGUUUGUAAGUUUGGAUUUAUCUUCUUUUCUCAGAUUAAACAAAAGACUCACAAUGCUCGUGAGCGAGGUUUAGUCUUCAUAGUUUGCGGAAUUCACGCCAGAGAAUGGAUUAGUCCGGCUACGUGUAUGUACAUGCUACGUCAGGUAAGUAGACUAGAAUUUACCUAUUCUACUACGUAGCUUUAUUUCUGAGUUAUUGUGGAUUUCCACUGUUGCGGACUGAUUUUUACAUGCGUACGCGCGUUAAAUAGAGGUGACGUAUGAAAGGCCUCUAUUGUAUUUUAACCCAUGUGCGCAAGAAAAAAAUAACGUGACAGUGGAAAUCCACCCUUAGAUCAAGUGUACAGUACAUUCGUCUUUUUUUCUAAGAUCGACAAGAACGCCACCACAGAUGAAAUUUGCAUUGAGAUCAUUAGUCUCAAAUCUGUUAACUUGUUAGCACUGACAUUCAAGCGCAAGAGCCAAGGAGUGUUGCUUGCCACCGUGAUUACCUUGAAUGAAGAUCUAUCCAUCUAUUUACCUAUCCGUUCACCCGCUUGUUAAUCUAUUCAGUCAUUCGUUUAUUCGUUCGUUCGUUUGUCCGUUCGUUCGUCCGUUCGUGGGCGUUCGUUCAGUCAUUCGUUCGUUCGUUCGCUGUUUGUCAGGCCAUCUGACCGUUUGUUCAUUCCUUCUUAGAGCUGCAGCUUUGCUUGAUCACACUUUAGUCUCAUAGGCUUUUACGUAAAAUGUCAUGUCAGAAGAAAAGGAGCCUUAAGUUAUAUUACAACUAGUACGUUUUUGCGUUUUUCCUUUGGAUAUUAGCUUCUGAAAUCCACAGACAGUGAUGAGGGAAUAGCAAAAAUGCUGAAUACAUUUAACUGGUUUUUCCUGCCGGUUUAUAAUGUAGAUGGCUACAGUUUUACAAUGGAGGUAAGAAAUACAACGAAUAUUAUCAAUAGUGAUCUAAGUGCAUGUUAAUUUUCUGAUGAAGAAGGGAAUUCCCCCAUCUCACAGCCCUUGCUUCGCAUUGUUCUUGUCGAGCUUUAAGGAAAGCCUCAAACAGUCUAGGAACUAGCAGAGCUGUGUGCCGAGAGCAUUGAAGUUUGAUUGGUGCUCGGGACCGGGGACAGUCAGGGGAAGUCUGGGUCGAGUUGUGCUGCUGAGGUCUUCAAUCCUGACCCUGUUUAAGACAAAAAUCGUCCAUUUGGCAACGCUGUUUAAGACAAGAGAGUUUAUUUCAAGACCCUAUAGCUAAUUUCUUUCUUUCCUAUGCAGAAUUAAGUACGCUUUUUAAACUAACAUCAUGGAUUUAGAUGAGACUGUUUUGUUAGUGCUACACAUGUAGACCGCUCACCGACAUCCCUCACACCCCUUCAAAGUAGUCCAGUCGAAAAAGAACCAUGUGCUAGACCCUAAAAGUUGAAAUUACAAACCCUGAUGAAAUCUCCAAAUCGCUGAAGAACAUAACCUGAUCAGCGGCACAUACCCGUUUAGGCCGUAUAAGGGAGUGUUAAUCCCCUCCCCCGGGUAUCGCCAGGCUCUGUAAUUUAAAAGUCUUACUCAGUUUUUUGAACUCAAAAGAUUUUGUUUCCAACAGGUGGACCGUCUUUGGCGAAAAAACCGCAGACCGAUUCUGUUCACCAGCUCUGGUCCAAUAGUUGGCGUGGACUUAAACAGGAACUUUCCAAAUGAAUACUGGGGUGCGCAUUUUCACUUAUUUCUGAUCAUUAAAAGAACUAAAUUUAAUGGGGUUAUAAAAGGCUGGCAAUAAAGUUUUUUUAAGAUCAGUUUUGUACUCUUAGACCGCUUGCAGUCCUCUUUUGCUCGUAUAAGCCUACACACCGCAGGGGCGGAUCUAGGGAGAGGGUGCAGGGGGUGCGCACCCCACCCCCCCUUGAGAUGACCUGCGGUUUUCUAAUACAACUGGUAUACUGCAAAAAAAAACUAAGUGGUUUAUUGGUGUUGAAGUAGAGCAAAAGACGAGUGCACCCCCUCCUAAAAAAAAUCCUGGAUCCGCCCCUGCACCGGCUGAUAAUCAGGAGAUCCAAGCGAACGUUUUCGUAUUAAACUUUUCGUAUUAAACUAACAUUCAGCAGCAAGGGAUUAGGAAAAGAACAACCGUUUCCCUUCUGUCCCUCCCUUGGGGCUAGAAAUCGUUUCCUAAUCAUUCUCGUCCCAAUUUCGUUCCGUAAGCUUUUUCAGCUAAGGACGGGUCUAGCCUCAGCUGCGUUAUUAGUACAAGCCUUGUAUGUCCGCGGUGUAAAUGGGCUAAGGCUAAGAUUUAUAUUUGGUAGGAACUGACCAGUUCGAUAUUCUCAAGAACUGCGGCGGAGAUGAGCCUUAGACUACGCGCUGGCUGAGAAUCUCUCCGACAUGGCAAGGAUUUUGCGAACUUUAACUUCCAAUUAACACUCCGGGCCGUUGGCAUGCUGUCUGCAGUUUAAUCAGUUGUUUCAAUUUCAUUUUUUUCUGGAUUUUUUUUUGCUUUGUUAAGUUGUAAGUCUAGUAUUCAAAUUAUUGUUAUUUACAGGGUUGAAUGAGUGCAUCAGUGACCCGAUUUGUGAAACAUAUCCUGGAGAGGAGCCAUUAAGUGAGAUUGAGACUCGAAACGUAGUAGCUCAUCUUAAAAGAAGUGCACCACAAUUAAUCUCCUUCUUCGACAUACACUCUUAUUCACAAGUUUGGUGUUCUCCUUGGUCGUCUAAAAAUGGCACACCGCCUGAUUAUAGUCUAAUGGUGAGUAGAAAGACUUAGAGGCUGUUGUUUUGUGCUUGUUAUCUUACGCCGCGGUACGUUCGAACUCUCUAAAAUUGCUUAUCCUAAACCAGUUUCCAUCGGUGGUUAGAGAAUGAAACUUUAACUAAGAUUUCUUUUUCAUUUUUCGGCUAAUUCUUCUUCAUUUCUCUUGACUCCACCACAGAGACGUGUGAUGAAAGUUGGCACAGAGGCAAUACGAAACACAUCUGGAAGAGUGUUUGAGUUCGGAACAAUUUAUUCAACUAUUUGUAAGUAAUACUGAAAAACGGCAAUGAUAAAAUUCAGCAUUGUCGUUCAGACCUAGGUUAAAGAAAAAAAACAAAUAACCAACAACAACAAAAUAAUGUUGAACGAUGAAAAUCAAGCUUUGUUCUACCCAUUCAAGUUCAUGCUCUCGGCAACAUGACGUGUCAGUCGUGUAACAUAGUUGCCUAACGAGUGCGGCAUGUCGGGUUUACAUGUAUAGGGGAAGGCUGAACAUGUUGUUCUCAUUUAAUCGGACCUUUAAAAAAAUUACUCUUAUGGUGACAGACCGAACUGAGGUUCAUUCAGUCCUACUGUGUUUCGUUAAAGUAAAUUUUGACUUAGUAGUACUGAAUUUUUCAGAUGCUGCAUAUGGCGAUACAGUGGAUUACACAUACGACGGGUUGGGUGUCACUCACACGUAUACAAUAGAACUAAGGCCAUCUGAAUCUGCGGAUAAUGGGGGCGAAAGUGGAUUCAUCCUGCCGGCUUGUCAGAUCAUUGACAGUGGAAGAGAAAUCAUGGCUGCGUUCAAGGCUAUCACCCCGGUCAUGGCAAAAUCAGAGAGAAAGGUCACACGACGACAACAACAACAAUAA